AAAGUCGGUCAUAUCGCUGUUUCUGUUGUGCGUGUAAUAGCUGGUGGCUACGGGCGUCCUCUACCUGUUUGCCCUACCAAAGCGGCAAAAGGGGCGUUGCUCUUGAGACGGUGACGUCACGUGCGCAGUACGCCAUUGAUAGUCUGUACCAAGAAUUGAAGUUCACAGAUCGUUACCAACAAGGGACAAAAACGUAAGUUUGUAAAGAUGGUGGUUUCACACCUGAACACUUACAGAUGUAAUUGCAACAAAAGAUGGUCCUACAGAACAUUUACCAACUUUCAGAUUCUUAUAGGUAAACCACUUUGAUAACCAUGUCUAAAUUCCUUCAAGUUUACAUCUAUGUAUUCCCGAGUUUUGGGCUAAAUUAUGAUAAAAUGCAGUUAUACUUGUGGUAGCAAUGUGGAAAAAAAGCGGAAAAAGUUCAAGAGCUAUGAAUAUUUUUUCAAAGUCAUGCAACCAUUCAACCAGUGACCCAGGCAGAGAUGUUUUUAGGGAUAUGAAAUGCAUAAUUUAUGUUCCAACGUUUGUAAGUGGAAACCAAAGAAAGCUUUUCGCCCUACGACAAGCUUAUCACCUCUCGACAGUCACUUCCUCAGUUAUCCGCCAGCCCCUUUUUCCAGCACCUCACGUCAUGUUUCCACUCACAUGCAUCAUUUUUGCCAAAGAUGGGGCGAGGGACGGUUUAUAGUUAUGCAUUCCCCUUUGCAACAGUAUUUCACACUGUUUUUAAAUAGCGUAAGGAAAAACCAAAGAAAACAAUGAGGGUUUUCUUUAAUCCUAAGAAUAAAAUGUCCACUUGAAUCACCAGAGACACUUGAAGCACACAUGGGUGUGACAGACAGCACAGUUUUGAGAAGAUAAAUAAAAAAAUAAGAGAAUAAGCAUGUUGCCACAUGUAAACGGCUCCUUCCUCUUCCAGUCUUCAGUCUAAGGUGGAGCUUCUCACAAAACACUCUCAGAAGGAGGCGGGGGGGCACAAACAACACGUAGAGGCAAAACCAACAAACUAAAAGCUGCGUGCCUCACUUCUGAGAAGAGUGCUGUUUCAAGUUCGGACCAAAACAUGGGGAAACUUUUCAUUCGCCUUCUGCUGUUUGCUCUGUUUAUACACGGGACACUUCAGGAAAAUGGCGAAACGGGGAUAAAAGAUGAGAAUAACAGCACAAAGAGAGUGGUCCCUCAGCCCAGAGUCUUUAAAUUUCUCGUUCCCACAAAGCCUGACCUCCAUGGCACCCAAGCUCCCAAUUCAACUCUCUCUCCAGCUCCCCAGCUCAUAAGCGGCGCUGCUCUAGGAUACCUCAAAGGGCCCCUGAGCAUCAAAGUCAUCCCCGUCAUUUACAUUAUUCUGGUAAUUGUUGGCAUCCCAGCCAACAUCACCGUCCUCUGUUUACUCUUUACCAAAAUUAGAAAGGUUUCAUCCGCCAUCCUCUACUGCAGCCUGGCCAUCUCCGACCUAUUCCUCCUCAUCUCUCUCCUGUUCAAGGCUCACUAUCAUCUCCAUGGAAACCACUGGGUGCUCGGAGAAGCUGCCUGUCGAGCGGUUACGGCCUGUUUCUAUGGUAACCUCUACUGCUCGGCCCUGACGUUGGUUUGCAUUGCCAUCAAGCGCUACAUGGCCAUAGUGCACCCGUUCAUGUACAAAACACUGCCCAAGGUGAGGUGCACAUCCCUGGUUGUCCUGGCCGUGUGGGGGGUGUUUGGUGUCUCCCUUGUCCCCGAGCUCUUGGUCCAGCAGAGCUUCCCGGUUUCUCAGCUGAACCGCACCACUUGCCACGACGUAAUGCCUCUGGAUUCCAGCUCUCAUGCGUUCCUGCUCUAUAGCAACCUGAUUCUCACAGUUUUGUGCCUUCUGGUGCCAAUGGUGGUCACUGUUUUCUGCUUCGUCCAGAUCCUCAAAGCUCUCAGCCGGUCACACUUCGACUGGACCAUGUACGUUAGGUCCAGCUCUCUAGUGUUUAGCAUCUUUCUGGGGUGCUUCUUUCCUGCCGGCAUCCUGCACUUCCUCCAUUACAUGCAGAUGUUUGGGAAUGGAAAUGACAGUCUGUAUGUCUACUUUAACAUGGCGGUGUGUCUCUGCUGCCUCCACGCCUGUCUGGACCCCUUCUUAUUUGUCCUCAUGUCCAAGUCUGCAGGCUCCAGACUGUUCUUCCUGACUCCCAAAGGCAAGAACCUUAGCAUAUCAUUCUGAAAGAGACUGCAACGUUAAAAGAGACUGAGGAAAUAGAGACUCUCUGUGGCUGGAACCCAAAAAAAGUCUGUCAGUUUGAAGCAGAAUUAGUCUUGACAUGUGGUACAGUGGCUGUUAUAAAUAUUGCACUUUUAUGUUAAAUAAAUGUUUGUGACAGAUUGGUAAAACAUGUAAAGAUGAUGUACAUCCUUUUUUUUAUCAUGUUGAUGUUAACGAUGUAGCAUUUGAUGUAAAGAUUUUCCAAAUAAAUAAUUCAGAACCUUCAUAAAAA